UUUCUCUCGCUCGCCUGGGCGCAGCUCUCCAGCGGGCGUCCCCCGCCGCCCUUCCCUCGGCGCGGCCUCUCCGGGACCUCGGGACUCCCGUCGUAUCGCCGGCACCCCGAUUCCUCUUCAGCCGGGGCGCCGCCGUCUCACCUGGGGAUCGCAUCUCGCUCGUCCUCCAACUUUGCCAUUGGAGGCGGCGGCGGCGGCGGGACGUGUGGGAGAAGCCCAGCGCCUCGCCCGGCCGCCCGCCGGCCCGGACCAGCCUGCCCCGGCGCCGAGGUUGCUCUUGUGGUUGGCAUAGCCCAGCAUGCAGUCUUGAGCCUGCCAUAGGCCACACCCACUCCAACUCUGGAUAUCCUUCCCGGAGGCUCAGAGAAGGCACUAGAUUGAUCCUAACGUACCUGAAUAACAUCUGUUCAACAACAAACCACCACCUCAGCUCCAGGGAGCCGGGGGAGAGUCUCAUUGUCCGCUCUGGCAGAAGCCAGUAUGGCUAUUGCCCUGCAGCCCAGUGAUCUGGUCUUCGAGUUUGCAAGCAACGGGAUGGAUGAUAUCCACCAGCUAGAAGACCCUUCAGUGUUCCCAGCUGUGAUCGUGGAGCAGGUCCCCUAUCCUGAAUUAGUACAUCUGUACUCAGGACUGGAUCUGGAUGAGGUCCACAAUGGCAUCAUAAGGGACAGGACCUUGUGCAUGACACAGGAUCAGAUCUUAGAAGGCAGUAUUUUGCUGGCAGAUGACAAUGUGUCCACCUCAAAUGACGUGUCAUCCACUGAAGUCCUAUUCAAUGUGGCAACUCCCAACGAUGUCCUGGAUGAGAAGCAGAUCUUCAGCACACCGGAAGUGCUUCCAGACUCCAACUCUGUCCAGACCAUCAAUCUGCCCAACUUACUGCUUUCUGCCCCUGAAUCUGAUGACCCGAAGAAGACAAGUGAUGCUGGUGACCAGAAGGAGCAUUCUCUAGGGGAAGAGAGAGUCUCCAGAGAGGAAAACCUUAGGAAGAUUGGGAAGUCUCGAAAGAGAAACCGAAAGACGAAGAACAACCGAAGUACCUCACCUGUCACUGACCCCAGUGUCCCCAUACGGAAGAAAUCCAAGGAUGGCAAAGGCAGCACCAUUUAUCUGUGGGAGUUCCUCCUGGCCCUUCUGCAAGACAGAAACACCUGCCCCAAGUACAUCAAGUGGACGCAGCGAGAGAAAGGCAUCUUCAAGUUGGUGGACUCCAAGGCUGUGUCUAAGCUGUGGGGCAAGCAGAAAAACAAGCCUGACAUGAACUAUGAGACCAUGGGCCGGGCCCUAAGAUAUUACUAUCAAAGAGGAAUCCUGGCCAAAGUGGAAGGGCAGAGGUUGGUAUACCAGUUCAAGGAGAUGCCUAAGGACUUGGUGGUGAUUGAUGAUGAUGAGGAGAGCCCUGAGACACCAGAAGACUCUUCCCAGGCAUCUACUUCCUCUACGCCCUCUACCAGUACCACCCGGAGAGCCAGCUCUAGGGCUGUAACCAGAGCCUCCCCUGAGGACAAGGAUAACCCUGCCUGGGAGAAGCCAAAGGUUCAACACACUGGUCUCCAGCCAUCUGCAAGCCUGGAGUUAGGAUUGUCUGUGGAUGAGGAGGUCCCUACUACCUCCACCAUGCUUGCCACUCCACUACAGAGCCAGGCCAAGCUCACCAAAACUGUGAGUACUUCUUCAGCGCCCAGUAACAUCCACCUAGGAGUAGCCCCUGUGGGGCCCAGCUCCACUGUUACCCUGCAGACCAUUCCGCUGACUACGGUGCUGACCAAUGGGCCUCCUGCCAGUACUACUGCUCCAACUCAACUCGUUCUCCAGAGUGUCCCACAGGUGUCAACGUUCAAGGACACUUUCACUUUGCAGACCUCCUUCCCCCUGAAUGCCAAUUUGCAAGAGAACCAGGUGGCAACCCAAGGGGCCCCAUUGAUCCUCAGCGGCCUCCCCCAACUUCUGACCGGGGCCAACCAUCAGAGCAAUCCGGUACCAUCCCAGGUCAUAAGUGCUGGGUCAGCAGGGCCUAGCUCUCAGCCCCCUGGGACUGUCAUUGCUGCCUUUAUCAGGACUUCUAGUGGCACGUCAGUGCCUGUGGUAAAGGAGGGGCCCCUGAGGUCCUCUUCAUAUGUGCAGGGUGUGGUUACCGGGGCACCCGUGGAGGGGCUGUUGGUUCCUGAAGAGACCCUGAGAGAGCUCCUGAGAGAUCAGGCUCUUCAGCCACUUCAGAGUCAGGUGAUCUCAAGGGGUUCUCAUAACCUGAGCCUUGUGGGGAACCAGACUUUGUCUCCCCCUAGCAACCCCACUGUUGGGCUAACCCCAGUGGCUGAACUUGAGCUCUCAUCAAGCUCAGGGUCCGUGUUUGUAGCUGAGCCUAGUAUGACCACAUCUGGGAGCCUGCUGACCAGAUCCCCGACCCAGGCUCCUUUCUCCCCCUUUAAUCCCACUUCUCUCAUUAAGAUGGAGCCCCAUGACAUAUAAACAAAGGGAUCAAAAGAGUGGCCCACUGGGCAAAAUUGUGAAGCAUUUUCGUGUGGACUUAAGUAGAAUACCCGCCCUUACAUUUAGUGGGGUAUGAGAAAAUUUGAUUCUAAGUUCCCCAAGCCUAUUUGGCAUUGCUUUGACCAAAGUAUGCCCAGCUUAAGCGUCCAUGGCAUCAAACCCAUGGCCUUCAAGAGCACUAGGGAGUAGACCUGCUCUUGGAAGGAUAAUGAGGUGACUUGGUGAUGGAGGGAAUUCCACAAGCCAGGAAGCAGCUUGUGGCCAGAGCUGGCCAGAGGCUUCACAAGAAGAGUUAGGCCUGAUCAUACUUUGUUGUCUGUAUUCCUUACACAGGGAACUUACCAUCCAAUAUGUGAAUAUCUUCGUAUGCAUUUGUGUGCACUUGUGGGUCUGUAUCUUCAUUUCUUUGGGGAGGAUAGGAUGUAGAUGUCAGGUCUUUUCUGUGUCUGUGUGUGUGUGUGUGUGUCUGUGUGUGUGUCCGUCCAUUCCUAGGUCAGCCACAGAGAUUAGGCAGUUUUAAGAAAAAGCACUCUGUAACUUUUGUUUUUGCAAGCAACAAUGCCAUUCUGAGACUGGAAGGUACUAGUUGAAUGUCCCCCUCCCAGUCUAGAGAGAUGUCACAGAGCUGGAACAGGUCUAGGUAGGAGCACUUCAGUGGGUGCACAUGCUGAGAAGACACUGCUAAGGGACAAGAGGCCAUGUAAGCUAAAACCAUAGUGGGAAGGAAAAGGAGCACACAGCCCUGGGAGCACUGGCUUGUCAUAGUCACCUUGCUUUCAGGCUGGAACCUAGAGUACUUUGCUGAAAGUUGUGGGGCAAAGUACUUAACUAUAGUCGGCCUGAAUUAUACAAUCCUUAGCCAGGCCUGAGUGGAUUGAAUGUUUGUGGCCAGGGCUUUUGACUGUGUGUAUACAGUCAGCCCUAUGCUUGACAGUGAUAGCCCUUUGUGACCCAGUGCUCUUCCUUCCCUAUCUUGGGUUCCCUCUUCAUUCUGUCUGCCCUGAGAAAUUCCACCUGUCAUCAGUUGCUGAGGCUAAUGGCAGCUCAGCUCCAGCCAUGCAGUCUUGCUCUCUCUCCCAUCCUCUCCCUCUCACAGUGGCUCUGAAAGACUUCAGGAGGACUGUUGCUUUUCAUUUCCAGCCAUCACACCUAACCCAAUUCUUGCUUCAUCAAGAAGACAGGAGUGAGCAUACAUACAUGGGUUCCUACAGGUCCUGUCAGCACAUGACUCUGCUCCUCCUUUUCUGUUUCUGGAAAGAGUUCUCCUGGUCUCUCUUAGUCUCUCAGCUGAGGGUCUCCAUCUCCCUUCCUCGAAUCUGCUUGCCUCUCUUCUACCAGGUUUAGGGGCAAUGCAUAGAGAUGUCAGGCCCAGAAGCAAGUCUAGCGUCUGGUGAAUUUGGUUAAUGUGAAUCAGCGCUCCAGGACCUUUGCUGUGUCCUCUGUGCCAAAGCACCCACUUGACCUAACUACCUCCCUGGCUGGUCAUCAUUCUCUUCUGCUGUUCUCUCUCCUUCCCUGGGGGGAAGGAACCAACUGUGGCUCUAUGCAGGUGCAUUUGCUACAUUCCCAGCAAUUGGCACCGAAAUGUCUGUUCUACUAAGAUUGGCUUACGAUGACAAUCUCUUGAUAGAUGGAAGGAAGCAUCUCUAGAAAAGGUCACCGUUGUUGCUGUUAGUGUUGCUGUUCUUGUUGUAUUUGGGUUUUAGGUUUUUUGGGGCUUUGAAUUUGCUCUGUUGGUGAAGAUGACUUUGAACUUCCAGUUCUCUUGCCCCCACCCCCAACCUUGUUUUCUCGUGUGUAUUAAUUACCAUGUGGUUCUAUGGACCAAACCCAGGACUCUGUGCAGGCUUGACAGUAGUCUUAGCAACUGUGCUACCUUCCCAGCUCAGUCAGUUUUAAUGAGCACAAAGAGACAGUGUGAGUCAGGAUGGCCCUGCAUCGACCUGGAAUCUAAUAUCUGCUCUAAGGAAAUUCAUUCUCCUAAGGCUGUCAACACUUUCAUAGUCAAAUCAUCUUCUCCAUGCUUCUCGGGCCUUGUUAUCCCACACUUGCUGAGGCCUUCCCCACCAUUGUGCUAUUUCUGUGUGGACUCCCCCUUAUCUCUUUGUGUGUGGGUGUUCUCCAAAGGUCCCGCUAUUGUCACGGGCCAGUUCUUUAAGAUGACUUCAAUCCAGAACCUGCUUCUCUAAGUCCCUGGCUCACAGCUCUGGUGAUCUGCCUCUGUUAAUGAUGCCACCAUUUCCCUGACCUUCUAGACUGGAAAUCUCUAGACUGGAAAUGUCUGGCCUGCCUUCAUUCUCAAAGCCUCCAGCCUAGCUUCCCCCUUCCCAAUAUAUAUCAGCAUCCUGUCCAAUGUGACUUCUUCGCACUUGUCAUCUGGCAGGCUACAUACUCUGCUAAAAAGCCUUCAGUGAAUCCUGGCCUGCAGAUAGGGCCAGUACCUCGCAUCCUCAUCCUCCUUGUCUAGCUGGCCUAGGCCUAGCAUUAACCCUUUAGCUCCUGAAUUGUAACAGGGCCCGAGGAAUUGGGGAGCACUUGGAGAGCUGUGGGUAAUAAUUCUUGGAAGAUUUGAAGUUUGGUAUCAGCCCCACCAGGGAAAAGAACUCCAAGUCGGCGGCACUUCACUAUUGGGUCCUCUUUGAUACUCCACCCCAUGCCAAGGUACUCCAAAGGGAUUCCAAGGUCUUUCAACUUGUUCCCCCCUAUGCUUUUUUUCUUUUCUGGGUUCUGUUUAACCAAUAUGCUGUAUCCUCUUGCUAACAACAAAAAACUGGGUCUCAAGAUGGAAUUCAGUGGGAACAGCCAGUUCCUAACUUUAAUUCUUAAACUUGUAACCACCACUUGAUGGACAGGUGAUUAGAAACAACAGCCUGUGACAUCUCUAUCAGAAUCAGAAACUGUUACUUAGACCUUAAGUUUAGAUCUGUACCUUUAAUCUCCCAUGUGUGUUACCUCCUGAGGGGUAGGCACCACCAUGUCACCCACAAACCUGGGCAUACUAUAAAGCAGAUGGGCAUCAAUAACUAGUUACUGAUUGAUCUGAUGAGAGCUGUAUACCAAACUUUGAGGUAGCUGACCUCUGUCCUCUCCUCAGGCAGUUACUCCAGGUGCUUCACUGCCCAGGGCCUGCCAUUCCUGGCCCAGUGCCGUCACGGUACCACCUUACCCCUUGUCUUAACAUCCAAGAUUUGUAUCACUUUCAACAUCCUCUGAUCCUAAAGACACCUUCCUGUUCAGUUUCUUCCCUACACUGAGUGUUAAACUAGCUAACCGGUUAACUAACCCUUGCCAACAAGCAUUCUGGAAGAGGCUAUAGGAGAACCUCAGGAGACAGAUUUACUUUAGCCAGAGUCAGGUGGCAGCAAUCCCCCUGCUUUUGUGACGGCCUAAUGGAGUCAGGAGUCAAGUGAUGGUCCUCACCUCCCAGCAGCUGAUAUGUGAUUUCCCUCCUCCUGGCUCCCGAAGCACUUUGUAUAUACCUCUUACUGUAACACAUUGUAUGUAGUUCUUUGAUUGUGUUCAUGUAUGUUUCCCCUCCAAUAGACUGUGGGCUCCUCAAGGACGGGAGCUGUGUGCUAGUCCGUGAUGUACCCCCAGCACCUAGCCACAGUGCCUGAUACACAGUAGGUGCUCAAUAAAUGUUUAUUGAAAGGC